AUGACAGUGACUGGGAAGAACCAAACAUUUGCUGAUGUAAAUCCUGAACCUAUUCCUACAACAACAAAUGAACCUGCUCAGCCCAGUCCAAAACCAGCUAGAUUCAAAAGAAGGGCACACAAGCCAAAGAGGGCCAAGAUUCCAGAAUCUGAAAUUACUGAUUUCACCAUCCAAGAAGAGCAAGCACCAUCCAGUUCAAUUCCUGAUGAUUCAUCUCAACCUCUGAUGGUGGACCCUCUUCAAGCUGUUCCUCUAAUAUCUCCUACAACAUCUCCUAAAGCAACUUCUACAGCAUCUGCAGUAGAUGAAGAAAUAGCGUGUGAUGCACAAGCUACAACUGAAGCUGGAGCCACAAUGUCUCAAAUGUCUGAUGUAGUUGAGGAACCUGACAAAGUAGCUGUAGAAGCUUUACAAUCUCUUGCUCAGACUGGUAAAGAGCCCAUCCUGUCACAGUCUGAAGCUCAAGAAAAAUCUGCUAAGGAUAAUGUGGAGAAAGUUGCUGAUCCUGUUCCUCAAGAUGAAAACGCAAACUCUGAUACUGAGGAUGAUGCCAGUUCAGAUACUGACAAGGAUGACACUGCUGAAAUCCCUUUGACACAACAGAAAUGGGAGUCUACUAGCCAGUUCAAUGCCAGAUUGUGA